GACUGUCUAUUUUUUUUUUCUUUCUUAUUAAAUAUUCAUCUCGACGACAAUACCCAGUCACAUCCAGGACGAACCGUCACAUAUCAAUCAAUACCCAUCCAUACCAAAGGCACCUCCGAUUGCCACGGUUGUCACUUUUUAACUUACCCAAGGACCCGUGGACCCCUACAUUAUCGCCCCUGCCCCGUUAGUCUACAUAAUCAACCCUCCAUACCUAUUCCUCGCUUUCUAGGAUCCUGGAACAUUCCUAAACAUAUUCCACACAAACAAUCAACAGCCUCCAUACGGCCUGGGCAUAAGUACAGCAGCAACCACAACAAACAGUAUUAUAUUCGAAUCGUUACAGCGAGACAUAAUGACCAACCACCCGACUGGCUCGCGUCGUCAACCAGCCAGGCCUAUCAAUUCCAACAACAUGGCCACGGGAGCCUUCGAUCAAUCGCAACGGCAGCCCAUGCAUGCCCAGACCAACAGCAGCACAAAUGCUACGCCUUGGGAUACUUUGCACACUCGUAACUUGUUCGCAAAUGAGAAUGGCGAGCGACGCGGAUCCAAUGCCUUCAACGUACCCACUAGCGCCGCCUUCUGGACAACAUCUCUCGCAACACGAUCGCCCAGUACAUCGCCGAGUAGGAUGGCACAAGAACACAUUCCCAACAGCGACCUAGGGAAUGACCAAAACUUGGCGGGACACUUCUCCCAAAUGGGCAUUUCGAAAGAAAGGAGCACUGCUAUAUAUGGCAACGCAUUUCGCUACGAUUCAGAAACUUUCAAUGUCAAUGGCUUCGGCCGGACACAGGACCACCGCUCCAACUCUUCACGACAAUCUCAAUCUUCCCCCUCCUACCGUGCUACCCAUACUGCAAGCAAAUCGACACAGUCCCAGCAACAAUUCCCCAAUCACAUGAGCCAAGGCAGCAACCACCAGGCUCUCAAUCAAAAAGCAUUUAAUCAUAAUAACAGCCAGAGUCUGGAUGCAACAUCCUUGAAUUUUCUGGGAAACGUGCCCGGUGCAUUUAUUUUGGAUCCUAAUUGCCAGCCUUGGAGCAACGACGCGAGCGGACAACGUGUCAACGGUAACAGCCUGGAUCUGAGUUCUGAAAUGAUGAACGUACAAGCCUCCGCGAUGCACCGGGGUUCCAUCGACCGGCUCUCGAACCUCACAGAACAAGGACCCAACCCCAGAGCGAACCCGCAAAUUUGGAGUCAAGUGUAUUCUGCUCGACCAGGGGAUCAAGGUCUCCGCAUGACGAACCAAGUCAACCAACUGCAAGCACAGUCUAUACCCUACUAUGGUCCCCAGCUGGCGAUAUUCUCUGAACACAACGCUUCGUAUGCCAUCGGACUUGACCAGUACCCCCAGCGCUAUCACCACCUGGGGCACAACAAUUCUGGGUAUGGAGCACCGUACCCGUAUCAUAACCAGAAUAAUGGCCCUGGGCCAAAGAUCUACAAAAACCAAUGGGUGAAAGAGUUCUGUGGACGGUUAACGAAGAGGUCUGGUCCUCAACCAGAGCUUUGUGAAGCUUAUGGCCACAUGGUCGAUGCCAGCGGAGAGCAGGAAUCGUCAAGGUGGCUUCAAACGAAGCUGGCCAAUGCGACCAAUGAAGAGAAGACUCGAAUCUUGCUAGAGAUAGCAGAUGACGCUCGCACCGUGAUGAUCUGCUCUUUUGGCAACUACGUAAUGCAGAAUUUGAUCGAAUAUACAGGACAGGGAGAGAAAUUUCACAUUCUUCAACAAAUGAAAGGCCACGUCAAUGAUCUAGCACGGAACAAGCACGGUUGCCGUGUAGUCCAAAAGGCUAUAGAGCACUUCCUUGUCGACCAAAAUCUCGAACUUGUCCAGGAGAUCCAACCCCAUCUACUUGAUUUGAUGAAGCACGAGACUGGAAACCAUGUUAUCCAGAAGUUCGUCCAAGAGCUCCCUUUAGCACAUCUCACCUCCUUUGUUAGGGUUGCUGAAGAACAUGCCUUGGAACUCAGCCAGGAUUCGCAUGGAUGCCGGGUUAUUCAGCGACUUCUGGAGGUGUGCCAGGAGGACGACAUCAGAAAGGUCUUGGAUCCGCUUUACCCAUCGAUGGAGAUGCUUGCCACAAACCAAUUCGGCAACUAUGUCGUUCAGGCUAUCAUCGAGCACCGACCCGGCAGUGACAGGGAUCGAAUUGUUGAGAUGGUCGUCAACAAACUGUUGUACUUCUCCAAGAACAAGAUUUCGUCCAAUGUAGUCGAGAAGUGCAUCGCCUUUGGCUCGGAUGAACAACGAACGCAAAUCCGCGAACAGCUCUGUACUGUCAGUGCGAAUGGGAAGGACACUUUGUUUGAGCUGAUCAACGACCAGUUUGCAAACUAUGUUAUUAAAAGCCUGGUUCACAACACCAAAGGUCCCGGGCAGCAGCAGCUGGCACAAAAGAUCCAUACGCACCUUGAAACGAUGAAGAAGAGUGCACCCCUUCCAAAGCCAUCGCACAGUUUGAGUCAAGUGGUGGAGAAGAUCUUGGUUGUCGACAAUAUGUCUAUCAGUCUCAAAAUCGAAGUUGACUCGGCGGAACCAACUCCAAUGUUGACCAAUGAAACGAAUAGCCCCCAAAGUGAUGGGCUACCAAGUGCCAACGGCAGUACCAUUGGAGUCCCAUCUGCCGGCAUCAGGAAGCCAGAGAUGGCUGUUCGCGUCCAUAGCGAUGAGGCGUAAACAGCCAUACAACGACUGGCAGCGGCAGCGGACUCACCUUCAUGCUUGCAAACACAGAGAGAAUCUUACUUCAUACGUUGUAUUACACAUAGAUUUGGAUGUGUUGGUUAAUAAGAGACAAACCUCGCUGCGGAAAGCCCUCCGUCGAGGUGAACAUACGGACAAAAGAACAAGGCAGGCACUUGAUCAUAGGAAUUAUGCCAUCACGAGGUACAGACAGUGCACUCAAUACAGUGAGGUGCCGCUUGGAGUUUGGUAGGAUGAUGGGUGUUUUGUAUUUGUCAUUGGGCUUAUUCAUGUCUUACAGCAGCUUGUUUGGUUUCUGGGAUAGUAAACGAAAAGAACAGGACAGCAUUGCAAUCUUACUGAGGGUCUCCCUUGAUGCGGGGGAGGUGGGUUGGAAUGAAAAGGGGAAAAUGAGACGACUCUUAUGAGGCGCUGUCAAAGUACCCUUGAUUUAUGAACAAAGCGUGUGUCUCAUUAGCCCCAGCAAAGCCAAGACACGGCCAUAGCCGGGUACCUUGCUUAUUUCUGUA